AUGACAACAGUUAGAAAAGGAGGUAGACAGACAUAUGGUACGCUGAACUCGUUUAAAAGUUCACCCAAGAAGUUUUCGACACUGAAGGUGACCAAAGAAUGGUCAGACAAAGAAAGAUCAACAUUUAUGACUUCGCAACUCGUAAAAUUAGAAACAACUUCAGCUGAGGAUUAA